AUGGACAGUCCUUUACUGGAUUUAAAAAGCAGACAACAGAGCGACUCCAGAGGUUUGGAGUCUUCGGUGGACGACGGAGAGGAACUGCCCGUCCCACAGCACAUCUGCAUCAGCCACAUCACCUGCGACUCCUUUAAGAUCGGCUGGGACCUGGAGGGCAGCGAGCGGGACAGGAUCACUCACUAUUUCAUUGACCUCAACAAGAAGGAGAACGCCGACUCCAACAAGUUUAAACACAAGGACGUCCCGACGAAGCUGGUGGCCAAAGCAGUGCGACUUCCCAUGACGGUGCGGGGCCAUUGGUUCCUGAGCCCCAGGACGCAGUAUACUCUGUCAGUGCAGACGGCAGCCAAACGCCCGGAUGGAGACUACACAGUGUCCAAAUGGAGCGCCAGUGUGGACUUUGGCACCGCAGAUUACUCCUUGGUCCACCUCACUCAGCUGCUGCAGAAGGCCGAGGCACUGGCAGGCAGGAUGCUCCCCUUCACUGUUUUCUACAGAAACCACCAGAGGGCGUACUUUGAAGAGAAAGGGCCCUUGUUUUGUUCCAGAGAUGCAGCGUGUGGUCGAAUGUUGCCAUGUGUAAAAGACGACAGUGGAAGUCACGGAUCUCCCAUCAGCGGCAAACUGGAGGGAAUCUUCUUCAGCUGCAACACCGAGUUCAACACCGGAAAGCCUCCCCAGGACUCCCCCUAUGGGCCAUACAGAUUCCAGAUCCAAGCCGACCUCCUCUUCAACCAAAACACCAAUCUUUAUUUCGGUGACUUCUAUUGCAUGUACACCUCCUACCAUUACGUCAUUGUAGUCCUGGCCCCAGAGGGAUCCAAAGGGGACCUCUUUUGUAAGGAACGCCUGCCUCUUCUGGACCGCUCCUCCAACCCUCUCCUCUCCUGUACCAAGAUGGAGGACGGCUCUCUGCAUUUCCAACACGCCCAAGAUGUUAUUUUGGAAGUGGUUUUUACGGAGCCGGUGGAUUUGGCUUCGGGGAUAGUAACGCAAAUCAGUGGACAUCAACUUAUGAGUUUAUCCACGACAAACGCUAAGAAAGAUCCAAGCUGUAAAGUCUGUAACAUCAGCGUUGGGCGGUAAAA